CUAGGGUUUAUGCCCGUUCAUGAUCAUGUGUUCUUCUGCCGCGACGCGCGCGGGAGGGGACGAUGAUCCGCGGCGGCAUGUCGUUGUUGUGGAGGGCCUGGCCCCCGCCGUGAGCGCCGCUGCGGUGGAGGCGGCGCUGCGGCAGUUUGGAGACGUGCGGGCGGUGGAGCUUGUCAAGAACCCCGUUGAUCCCAAGCAGCAGCUGGGGAUUGGGCGCGCACUGGUGACCAUGGGCAGCGCGGCCGAUGCCGACAACGUGGUGACGCACCUGCACAAGUUCCUGGUGAUGAUCGGUGGCACGCCCAGGCCCGUGACCGCCGUGCAUGGCAGCGGGCAUUUCAGCUGUAAGCAGCAGCCGAGACGUGGCAGGGAGACGGAGAUGAGGGUGGUGAGAUCGCCGGAGCUUGCGCAGCUCAAGCGGCUGCAUGACAAGCACAAGCGGGAGAUGGACACGCUUUGCAAGCUUCACGCAGAGGCGGAGGAGGCACUGGCUGAGGCGCAGGGCAAGCAGAUGAGCAGCUACUUCAAGAUGUUGCACAGCCUGGAGAAUGAGGAUGCAAGCGUGGCCAAGCUCAAAUCCAUGUACCACGUCCAAGACGACGUUUAGCCCCUGGAGGCAUAGCUGCCUCACAGCUUGGCUCUGGCCGCCACAACGUCCUUGAAGUGAGCCCCUUUGGAAGCGUUUGGGAGACCGACCACAAGCGUCACUCUGGAAACCGCAAUGACUGAGGAAUUGGUGGAGGAAGGAUCAGAAGAAGAAUCCGAAGAAGAAGAAGAAGAAGACGCCGGUGGAGCCCAUAGUUUUACCUCCCAGACCUGGGCAUAGUGUCAUACAGAACAGAUGAUGAUGAUGAUCACACAGGCAAAGAAAGGAAAAUUUGGUUGGUUUGUGUCA